CCUUGGAGGAGCAUGGCGGCGUCUUCGGUGGGCGAGAAGGAGCGGCCGGGGGUCGGCUCGGGAGCGGCGUGCGGGAACAGCACGCGAGAGCGGCUGCUGUCUGCGCUGGACGAUCUGGAGGUAUUGUCCAGGGAACUCAUAGAAAUGUUGGCAAUUUCAAGAAACCAAAAGUUGUUACAGUCUGGAGAGGAAAACCAGGUGCUGGAGUUGUUAAUUCACAGAGAUGGGGAAUUUCAAGAACUAAUGAAAUUGGCACUUAAUCAGGGAAAAAUCCAUCAUGAAAUGCAAGUUUUAGAAAAAGAAGUUGAGAAGAGAGACAGUGAUAUUCAGCAACUACAAAAACAGCUGAAGGAAGCUGAACAAAUACUGGCAACAGCUGUUUACCAAGCAAAAGAAAAACUGAAAUCAAUAGAAAAGGCAAGAAAAGGUGCUAUCUCCUCUGAAGAAAUAAUUAAAUAUGCACAUAGGAUUAGUGCAAGUAAUGCUGUGUGCGCCCCACUGACCUGGGUUCCAGGGGACCCAAGGAGACCAUACCCAACUGAUUUAGAGAUGAGAAGUGGAUUAUUGGGUCAGAUGAACAAUCCUUCCACUAAUGGUGUGAAUGGUCAUUUACCUGGGGAUGCACUUGCAGCAGGCAGAUUGCCAGAUGUCCUUGCUCCACAGUAUCCCUGGCAGUCAAAUGAUAUGGCAAUGAAUAUGUUACCACCAAAUCACAGUAAUGACUUUUUGUUGGAACCUCCUGGGCAUAAUAAAGAAAAUGAAGAUGAUGUAGAGGUUAUGUCAACAGACUCCUCAAGCAGUAGUAGUGACUCUGAUUGAAAAAAACAUACAGUGAAUACUAUAGAAUUCUGUUUCUUAAACAGUAGCAAACCUGUAAAAAUAGUCAGGUUAUAUUGGUCGUAGGGGAACUGUGCAGCCCAUUUAAAAUCACAGUGGACUUUCUUUUUAAGACCUAAAAUCAUGAUUUUAGUUCUAAACCAUUUGGUAAAUAUUUACAGAAUAAUCAGAAUUUCGGGGGGAAAUUACUCAGUUCAUUGCUGUCUUACCCUGUUCUAAUCCAGCAUGUUGGAUUUGUAUGUAGUAGUUCUGGAAAUAAGGUUUUGGGGAAAUGACCCAUGAACGUAUCACUAAUAGGCCUCCUGGAAUUAGAAAAUGUUUUUAAAAGGCAGCAGAUCACUGAAUGUGCAUCAUAUCAAAAUAUUAAAAACCUUACUGAGAGUGAAGGUUGUUAGCUUCUGUCACAGGACCAGAAGUUUCUCAAU